GUCACAGCAUACAGAGGGGAAUCCCACACCAGGUGAUAGUGGUGGUGAGUCAAGGAGUUUCAAUCCCUUUUUGGUACUAGGAAGAACACUUGGUGACAUUGCUUUCAAAAGGGAAGGCCUCUACUCAGUUGAAGCACACAGAUAUCCCUAUUGUGAAACAUUAGAAGUCAUAUAUGUUUAUUAGCCUUGAAAGGUCCUAAAGUACAAGCACCAGGGCUUGAUUUCUGAAAUGAGACGGUUGGUCCUACACUCAGUUUCUACCUUUUCUUAUGAGUAGAAAAUCAAGAUCCCAAACAAGGCAUGAUCUCUAAGUUGGAAAAAGAAGAAGAGCCAUCACUGGGAGAGGCGAAAACAACCAGCCCACAUAGUGUGAGCAAAAUAGCACAACCCAAGAAAUCAGGAGCCAAUGAAAAAGUCCAACAAGAUGAUGAUCACAUAGAGGAAAAGCAGAAAUCUCGAGGCAAGCUCAUUGAGGAAGCUACACUCAAGAAGAAAAAUUCAACUAGUAAGAAAAGCAGCGCAUGUGCUUUGUUGGAGAAAAAAAAAGUCAUUACAAAACAUAUUCCUUCAAAAAAAAAGCUUCCGAAAUCCGAUUCACAUGGAAAGAGCUUAAAGCAGAAUUUAGAUUUACCUGACCAGAUUAAAAACACCACAAAAAAGAAAUCGGAUACAGCUAAAGAACACAUGAAAUCAUUCAGCCACACCAUAGCUGAUACAGCAAAAGAUAAAAUUCCAGCCAGAGAGAAAUGUGAGAAAAUUCUCAACAAAAAGUCACCUGGUAAAGGUGACAGAAAUCACACUGGCAAGAGAUGUGAGAAAGUGUGCCAUCGUAGCUCAUCUCACAGUAAAGAAGACAAGAUCCGGACUGGAGAGAGAUGUGAGAAAGUGUGCCAUCAUAGCUCAUCUCACAGUAAAGAAGACAAGCUCCGGACUGGAGAGAGACAGAAAUCAUCUAGCUGUAGUUCACCUACCAAGUCUGAGAAAGCUACAGCUUCUGGGAAGCCUUAUAAAUGCAAUCACUGUGGGAAGGUCCUCAGCCAUAAACAAGGACUCAUUGACCAUCAGAGAACUCACACCGGGGAGAAACCAUAUGAAUGUAAUGAGUGUGGGAUAGCUUUCAGCCAGAAGUCCCACCUGGUUGUACAUCAGAGAACUCACACUGGAGAAAAACCAUAUGAAUGUGUUCAGUGUGGCAAAGCUCAUGGUCAUAAACAUGCCCUCACUGACCAUCUAAGAGUUCAUACUGGAGAAAAGCCCUAUGAAUGUAAUCAAUGCGGAAAAACCUUUAGACACAGCUCCAACCUUAUGCAGCAUGUAAGGUCGCACACAGGUGAGAAGCCUUAUGAGUGUAAGGAAUGUGGCAAAUCCUUUAGAUAUAAUUCAUCUCUUACUGAACAUGUGAGAACACACACAGGUGAAAUACCAUAUGAAUGUAAUGAAUGUGGCAAAGCUUUUAAGUAUAGCUCAUCCCUGACUAAACACAUGCGAAUCCAUACUGGCGAGAGACCAUUUGAAUGUAAGGAGUGUGGGAAAGCUUUUAGCAAAAAGUCCCACCUGGUUAUACAUCAGAGAACUCAUACAAAGGAGAAACCUUACAAAUGUGGCGAGUGUGGGAAGGCCUUUGGACAUAGUUCAUCCCUAACUUACCAUCUGCGAACUCAUACAGGCGAUUGCCCCUUUGAAUGUAAUCAGUGUGGUAAAGCCUUUAAGCAAAUUGAAGGCCUUACUCAACACCAGAGAGUCCAUACUGGUGAGAAACCCUAUGAAUGUCCCGAGUGCGGGAAAGCCUUUAGUCAAAAGUCACAUCUCAUCGUGCACCAGAGAACUCACACAGGGGAGAAGCCCUUUGAGUGCUAUGAGUGUGGGAAAGCAUUCAGUGCAAAAUCCCAGCUUGUUAUACAUCAGCGAUCCCACACGGGAGAGAAACCCUAUGAAUGUGGUGAGUGUGGGAAAGCCUUUAAACAGAACGCUUCUCUUACCAAACAUAUGAAAAGUCACUCAGAAGAGCAAUCUAAUGAGGAAAAUUAAUGUAGGAAAUCUGACGACUGACUAGUUUGCUCUCGUUCAAUGUUAAAAGAUGGUCUCAACUUGAUGUAGGUUAGAAAAUCUUUUUUAAGGACAUUAUUCCUUGUUAUACAUGAGAGAAUUUGAAUAUGGAUCUUUACAUAAUAGCAAUGGAUUAAUAAUAAAAUUUAAAAUUGAUCCUAAACCUAUACAGAAAAUACUGUAUUUUUACACUCGUUAUAAAUUAUCUCCAUAUUAGAGCAAAAUAUGAAUCUUAAAAAAUGUGAAUAAGAUUUGGGGAGAUAACUUAAUCAGUAAAAUUAUUCCUGAGCAAGUAUGAGGACCUGAAUUCCACCCUUAGGAUCCCUGUGCUUGCAAUCUCAGAACUGGGAAAGUUGAGACAGGAGAGUCCCUGAAACUACCUGACCAGACAGACUAGCCAAAUUUGCAAGCCGUAUGUCACAGGGAGGAAAUCUGCUUUAAAACAAGAUACAGUUAUCCUGAGGAAAAUGCAUUUGACAUUUGGCCUGCACAUACACACUCACACAUAUGACCACAAACACAAAAUUAUGAAAAUAUUAUUAUAGUAACAAAUGACCAGUAAAAUAUGCCAAGAAUUCAUGAGCUAUUAGGCUGUUGUGUACUGAAGCACGGCAAUUAGUAUUUAAUCUGUAUUUAUGCUUUUGCAUACUUACUGCCUUGUGUAAAAUAAAAGUGUGGUUAUCCCCUCUGGUAUGAUCUAGGUUUCUUUGCUAAUGUCUAUGUUGGCUCUGAAUCAGUAGAAAACUUACUAGGUUUUUUUUUGAAGUAGCAUCUCACUGUGUAGUCCUAGCUAGCCUAGAAAUUGCUAUGUAGGCCAAACUGGCUUCAAACUAACAGAGAUGUGCUUGUCUCUGCCUCCCAAGUGCUGGGAUUAAAGGCUUGAAUAGAAAAUUUUGUGGGGUUUUGUCUAGAUGUUGUUAAUGAGGGGUUGAGGAAAAGCUGGAAAAUGCCGGUAGAGAAUGAUGCUCAAGUUAUGUUGUUUAGCACAGACAGUGGAUACAGUAUAUUCUCACUGUGGACAAAGAGAGUGUGUUUGCCUGUCUUUUCCUGCCUCUUUGUGUACAAAUGUAAUUAUACUCAUAUAUUUGUAUAUGAAUAGACUUGUUUUUUUAAUCUAGAAGAAACUUUAGUGGUUACCAUUGAACACAGAAGUACAGGAUUGAGGUCUGACAUUUUUAUCGUGUACAUGUGUUAUAUUCAAAUAUAUAUUAAAAUACUUUUAUAUGCACAAAUAACACAGUUAAAAAAUACGGCUCAGUCCAUUCCACAGUGUUGUUUGACAAAGUAACAUAAGGUUUCUAUGCUCAUUUAUGAACAGUGAAUUUGUGGUAUAUGGCACUAAACCUUGCUAUUGAAUUCACACAAAGAUUGUCCUUUUGAACACAGGUUUUGUUAACAUAAUGAUUCACAACUGUAACAGUAUUUUACUUCCCUUUUUUGCUGUUAAACUGAAGAAUAAUUCUGGGUACAGAUGAAUGAACCAUCAUUCCAUUUUAUUCCAUAUUCAGAGUGUUCAUUAACAAAUGUCUUAGUCAAGGAUUUCAGCUGUAUUGCAACAAAUGUCUCCAUACCUUGUUCUUGCCCACUGAGCAGAUAUUGUUGAUGGAUCACUCACUCUGCUUCUCUCAGAGUCUGUUUCAGAAUGUCAAGCAUGCAUUCCAGAAGGUUCUGCCUGUCAGUUUGACUUUGUUCAAGAGACCUGUCUGCCAUUUCAUGCUUUACAAGCUGGUGUUAACUGCUGUGAUCAAACACCAUGACUAAAAGCAACUUGUUGAGAAAGGGGUUUAUUUCAUCUUGCAGCUUCUAGUCCGUUCUCCAUGGAAGCCAGGGCAGGAACUGAAGGCAGAGGCCAUGGAGGAGUACUGCUCGCUGGCACGCUUCUCAUGGCUUGCUCAGCCUGUACUUUUGUACAUAAGGUGACAGCCGAGGGCUGCACCUACCACAGCGAACUGGGCACUGUCUCAUGCACCGUCAAUCAAGGAAAAGCAGCACAGCUUUUCUCAUGGGCAUUUUCUCAAGUGAUAUUUCCUCAUAUACUCACAAUCUUAGCACAUAGGAAGCUGAUUCAAGAAGAUCACAACUUUGAAGCAAGCUUACCAAAUACAGGCCCCAUCUUGCUCCUUAAACCCCAAGAAAACAUUUGGUUUUGUGUUACCUUUUAUAUUUUCACAGCAUAGUCACUAACGCCUAUCUCAAGAGAGCCAUGGCCCAGUCACUAGAACUUUUCUAGUUUGAUUCGGUUCUCAGUAAAUGUUUUAUGUGCAUCAUGGUCUAGCAUAAUAAUAGGUCCUAAACAAAAAGGGAUCAGAUGCUCUCUGCACAGGCUUCAUUCUUGUUCCCGCCUUCCUGACUUCAUUUCAGAGAACAAUAAAGUAUAAAUAUAGA